GUAUUUUUUCCAUUUGAUAAGUUGACGAUGCUAAAUUGGACGGAAAGUGUGUUGACGCAGUGAGUGUGAGGUAAAAGAGAAAAGGUAGAAGGUAGAAGGUGGAACCUGAAUCACAGUAAUGGCUACCACCGUACCCUCUUCUCCGGUCUUCAUAUCCUCCGACACCUUGUGCAACAUCCUCACCCACCGCACUCUCAUAGACCACUUCCAAUCCACUCUCCCCAACGCCACAACCAUUCUGGAAACCCCAAUUCGGCAGCACUACCCUCUCUCCCCUUCCUCCUCCCUCCUCCUCAUGCCCUCCUGGUCCUCUUCCCCAUCCCUCCCUUACGCCGGCGUCAAGCUCGUCACCCAUUUCCCCCAAAACUCCGCCCGCAACUUACCCGGCGUUCAGGGAACCUACGUCCUCUUCAGUUCCGCCACCGGCCAAACCCUAGCCGCCAUGGACUCCACCCAUCUCACCCUCUACCGAACCGCCUGCGUCUCUGGCUUAGCUUCCAAAUACUUAGCCAGACACGACAGCCAAACUCUCCUCAUGCUCGGUGCUGGAUCCUUGGCGCCACACCUCAUCAGAGCCCAUCUUUCAGCCCUCCCCACUUUGCGAAAAGUCAUCAUCUGGAACCGAACCCUCCAAAAGGCCCAAACUUUGGCCCGGGAACUUGCCCAGAGUGGGGAAUUUCAUGGGGUCACCUUCGACGGCUGUGGGUGUUUGGACGAGGUUGUCGGCCUCGGGGACAUCGUGAGUUGUGCCACGAAUUCCGAGGCUGCGCUUGUGAAGGGGGUGAGGUUGAAGGAUGGGGCCCACUUGGAUUUGGUGGGGUCCUUCAAGCCUGAAAUGAAGGAGUGUGAUGACGAGGCCAUAAGGAGGGGAAGGGUGUUUGUGGACAAUGAGGCUGCGCUCGUUGAGGCAGGGGAGCUGCUGGGGGCUUUCCAGAGAGGGGUCAUCACCAGGGAUCACAUUCAAGGGACUUUGGUGGAUCUUGUCUCUGGUCUCAAGGUUGGCAGAAAAACUUCCCACGAAAUAACUGUCUUCAAGUCUGUUGGUUCUGCUGUUGUAGACAUGCUUGCGGCACAGUUCGUUUAUGAGACUUAUACCACCACCUAGGUACACUAUAUUGAGUCUAGUUUGUGCUGAAUAGUUCAAUAAGAUUUAUCAAUAAGAUUAUGAAAUUUCCUAAUCACACAUGGAAAUUAAGUUCGUCUUGGACUUUUGGUAAUAUCUGUGAUUUAUCAUAGCUUUCAAAAUUUGGUGUGAUUAAGGAUUGUAUUGAAAUCUAUAAUCUGGCUAUGAUUAUAUAUAAAUCUCCAUAUCUCAUGCUGAA